GUCACCAUGGCGCUACAGUAGCGGUGCAGGUGCCUGGGAUCCAGAAUGAGCGGGUCCGAGACGGACCGCUGGGCGUGGCUGCUGGUGCUGAGCUUCGUGUUCGGGUGCAACGUGCUGCGCAUCCUCCUGCCGUCCCUGUCCUCGUUUAUCUCCAGGGUGCUGCAGAAGGAUGCAGAGCAGGAGUCACAGAUGAGAGCAGAGAUCCAGGACAUGAAGCAGGAGCUGGCCACCGUCAACAUGAUGGACGAGUUUGCCAGAUACGCCAGGCUGGAAAGGAAGAUCAACAAGAUGACGGACAAGCUCAAAACGCACGUGAAGGCACGGACAGCUCAGUUGGCCAAGAUCAAGUGGUUUAUCAGUGUUGCUUUCUACAUACUGCAAGCAGCACUGAUGAUCUCACUCAUUUGGAAGUAUUACUCCAUCCCUGUGGCUGUGGUGCCCAGCAAGUGGAUCACCCCACUAGACCGCCUGCUCGCCUUUCCCACUCGAGUAGCAGGUGGAAUUGGAAUCACCUGUUGGAUCUUAGUCUGUAACAAAGUUGUGGCUAUCAUUCUCCAUCCUUUCAGCUGAGGGGAAGGCCAGCUACAAGUCUUUACAAAAGGAUUCUGAUAAACAGCAGAUUGCACACAAGUCCACAGAUUGUCUUUUAUGUUUUGGAAUAUGUUUGCUUUGAUGUGUCACCUGGGAUUCUUGCUGAAGUCAGGAUUUUCUACACUCGCCAUUGAGCCAGAAAGACCAGUUACAGCACUCGCGUAUCGUCUGACACAGCUCUCGGUCCAUACUGACUGGGAACCACCAAGCGGCAUCUGCUGGGGCUUGUUCUGAGCAUGGUUUGGGUCUGUCAUCAGCUGCAAAGUCAGACUUGUAGCAACUCCUAUAGUGUCAUUUUUAAUUUUAGAAAAACCCACAUUUUUCGUAGCACUACUAAACCUCCUUUUAAUUUCAGUUACUGAAGGUGACAUAGGCUAGUGGCUGUCUGUGCUUGUCCCCUUGAAAUGUCACACAUAAGUGUAUGAAAAGUAUUGCCGUAUGGCUAAGCUUGUUAAUUUUUCAUAGUGGUUCCUACAUGUGUUCACAAGACUAUGUAUAUUUUUAUGUAAAGCAUCUCAAAUGAAGUCUGUCUUUAAAGCACUGGGUGUUUAUGCUGUGCAGAGUGGAACAGGAUCAAGCACGGUGCAGUCUGAUCCGGUUCAUCUGAGACUCCUUAGGCUUGUGAAGAUACUAGGCAGAAUUCUGCCUUUGUUUUUGUUUUUAUUUUUUUGUUCUGUUUUUUGAGACAAGGUCUCUCAGUGUAGCUUCGGCUGUCCUGCCUGAAAUUAUGUAGACCAGGCUUGUCUCAAAUCCACAGAGAUCCACUUGCCUCUAUCUCCCAGAUGAUAGAAUUAAAGGUGUGUUACGCCAAGACUGUUUUUGAAGCACUUUUCCUAGUUACAGUAUUUGCCAGUGCUAGUGUGACUGUCCCAACAGCCUUACUGCGGGAGCAGUCCAUCACUGCCUGGGCUGCACAGAAAAGCUCCCUGUCAGCACUGGCUGUCCUGGAAUUACUACGUAGACCAGGCUGACCUGGAAUUUACAAGAAUCCUCUUGUCUCUGCCUCAUGGCUGCCGGGAUUUAAGUCAUAGCAAUGGGUUUUGAAGGAUCAUAUUUAUAUUCUUGUGUUUCCUAAUGAUCUCCUAAGUAGCUCUUUGUUAUUCUGACUGUACUGUGAACAGGCCAAGUGUGUGGCUCUUGGGUUGACUGUAGACCGAGUGCCACCAGAGCAGGCUUGAGAGUCCAUUGAUUUAAACUCAGCAGAUGCUGCAGGUAGAUCCACAGUUACUUGGCUCUAUUUGUAAUGGGCACAACGGAGUGCAGCAGUGGGCAUAGGCAACAUUGCCAGGAGAACCUGCCCGCUAGCUCCAGCAUGCUCACCACAAAGCAAGCACUUGGUCUGUACAAGAUUAGCUGAGGACCUGAGGAGGUUGGGGCAGAAUCUGGGUUCCCUCCAGGGAUUCAGCCCUUGGGGUGGGGGAGGGUGUAUGUUUUCCUCCUUUCUGUAGUGAGCCACAGUCUGCAAUGGAGCUUUUUGCCCACAUCAUUUAGGUAGCCAAGGUCAGCAUCCCAAGGCCACUUAGAAGGGCAAUCAGAAGAAAGUGUCCCGACCAGAUGCCUCUCACAGGACUCAUGAUUUUGGCUGACCUGAAGGAACGAGUGACUGUUAGUGUCCCCUGCGUGUAGUGUAUGUAACACCAAGGAGGGGAUGUCACUGUGGUUCCCCCCAAAUUGUAAUUGUUUAUUAAUGGGUAAUAAACGUUGAGUUAAAAAGGGA